UUCCUUUGUGUUUGAACCGUUUUAGUCUGUUAUAUGGGACCGGGAUCACUGGAGAGAACUGUGUCUGUGAGCCACCUUCACGGUCCACUCAUGUCUGCGGGACAGGAGACCGACUUCUCCUGUGAUGAGGUAUUCAUCAGCCGGUUUCCCAUCCAUCGAGCCUGCCGGGAUGGAGAUGUUGGAGCUCUGGUCUCUCUGUCUCACCAGCUGCCGGACCAGGCUCCUCUGACUGCUGAGGACUCUUGCUACGGCUGGACCCCCAUACACUGGGCUGCUCACUACGGACAGCUAGAGUGUGUGGUGCGCCUGGUGCAGAUGGGUUGUGAGGUUAACAUGGUAACCAGCCGCUUCAACCAGACACCGACACACACCGCAGCGUUUGGAGGACACCCUCAGUGUGUGGUGUGGCUGACUCAGGCUGGAGCUGACGUCAACAGGCAGGAUUUUGUAGGCGAGGCUCCCAUCCACAAGGCGGCUCGCUCAGGUAGCUUGGAAUGUGUCCAGGUGCUGUUGAUAGCAGGAGCUAAACCACAUUUAAGGAACGCCAGUGGGCAGACAGCGGCCGACCUGGCCCACGCCCACGGCUUCUUCGACUGUUCCCGCUUCAUCUCUAACGCCCAGAAGCAGCUGCAGCAGCUGAACACACUCCGUGUGGGUGGAGACACCGCCAGUGGUCAGAGCCUGCUGAGCAGGAAGAGGCUGCUGACGGCAGUGGAGUCUGGACACGCGAAGAAAGCCAAGAGAGCAGACAAUGUGCUGCUGCAGAUGCACAUCAGUGCAGGUGAGGAAGUGGAGAGCAUGAACGUGGAGUCAGGACAGGAGCUGAGCUCAGCAGAUGAUGACUCCAAAGCCUUCACCAACGGCCAUCAUCAUCAUCAUCACUCUCAGGAUGAGCCAGUCAAUCAGCUGCCAGCAGCUGGUCCGACUCAGCACUCCUCCGCUGACAUGUGCGGCUCCCUGCAUUUGACUGGGAGCCCCAGCAGCUGUGUGUCCCAGCGGCCGGCCUGGUUAGGGCUGAUGGGGGCAGACCUCGGGGACUUCCAGCAGUAUGGACACUACCACGGCUUUGGAGACACAGCAGAGGAGCUGAGUGACAGCAGACACAAGCUGGCUGUGGCCAGCACCGUCCACCUGUACCAUGGCUCAUAGACACAGGGUCAUCCCCCACAAACAGGGAGGGAGGGGUCACUCUGACACUUUGGGUUUGACAGCUGAUUGUUUUUCCCUGUCCUUGCUGCAGACAUCCAGGUCAUGUUCAUGAUUUGGUCACAUAUUCCUAACUCAAAGUCCACACACAGCUUUGUUUGAGCUUUCAACCACAUCUCAUGGUUUUCAUCAGCAGAGGGAGCUGACGCUUAAGCUAUCUUCCAACUGAGACUGGGGUUAGAGAAAUCUGGCAAACGGUCAAAUGUUCGUCAUACUACAGACUGAUUUCAUAGCUAACGCUGAAACUCACCAGCUCCUCCAUUUUCUUUUUCUUUUUUUUCUUAGUAUAUUUUUUUGGGCUUUUGUGCCUUUAUUGGAC